AUGAGCUACAACCUGUUUCUUCCUCCUUCUCUUUCCCGGCGCUUGAGGGACGACUCCUCGCCUCGCGUCUCCUCCUCCUCCUCCCGGCUCCACCGGCCCUCACACUCCUCCUUCUCCUCUGCGCUCCAGAGGAGAGGGGCCCCGCGCUGCGAGCGGAGUGUGCCACCAGAACGCUGCGACCUGGUACAGGCCAGCGUUCUGAGCGGCGAGCUCCGGGACACGCGGUCCCAGGAGCGCGAGCAGCUGGUGGACCUCAACAACCGAUUCGCCUGCUACAUCGAGCGUGUGCGGGAGUUGGAGCAGCACAACCGGGCCCUCCUAGGCCAACUGGAGGCCCUGCGGCGCGGCCUUGGCGACCCCUCACGUGUGCCACGGCUGUACGAGGAGGAGGCGCGGGCACUGCGGGCCCAGGUGGAGGAGGAGGCCCUGGAGAAGUCACGCGUGGAGGCGCAGAGGGAGCGCGCACGGGAAGAGCUGGCGAGGCUCCGGGAGCGCUGGGAGGAGGAGGCCGAGAGGAGAGCCCGGGCUGAGGAGACACUCCGGAGGGCCCGCGAGGAGGCCGGCAGGGCUGCACUGGGCAACUGUGACGCAGAGGCCAGCCUGGUCUCCCUGGUGAUGGAGGCGGGGUUCUUGAAGAAGGUGUUCACCGAGGAGGAGGCCGGGCUGAGGGCCGAGCUGCAGGCGCUGGCGGCCGGGCGGGACGCGGUCCGGGCGCCAGUGGGCGGCGCCGACCUCUCCGGGGCGCUGCGGGAGAUCCGGGGCCAGUACGAGCGCCUGGCCAGCCGGAACACGGCAGCGGCCGAGGAGUGGUUCCGGGGGAAGAUGGCGGCGGCGGCGGAGGUGGUGCAGCGGAACGAGGAGGCGGUGCGCUCGGUGCGGGCCGAGACCGCAGAGUACCGGCAGCAGCUGCAGGCACGCUCAGCUGAACUGGAGGUGCUGCGCAGCGCCAUCGACUCCCUCAACUCGCAACUCGCCGAGCUGGAGGAUGAGCAGGGCAAGGAGGUCGCCAAGUACCAGGGGAGGAUAAUAGAUUUGGAGCGAGACAUUGGUGAUGCGAAAGAGGAGAUGUCACGGUACCUGCGGGAAUACCAGGACCUCCUGAAUGUGAAGAUGGCUCUGGACAUCGAGAUUGCUGCAUACAGGAAACUUCUGGAAGGAGAGGAGAUUCGACUGACCUUCUCUGCCCUUCCGGCUCUUGCUUAA